CCGAACAUUUCUUUCUAUAUUGAAAGAACACUUUGAGGAGAGCUGCCUAGUCUUUGUUUCCAACUACUUUUGGAUUCCAGCACAAGACAAUGACUUAACUGUUUAAUACUGCAGAACUGGACAAGACAACAGCUGGAACUGGGAGUGGAGGGUAAAAACGGCAAAGUGACCCACUGGCCCCAUCCAUUUCACCAUGACACCAAGACCAACAUUAAAACCAACUAAAACACUUCACACCAACACCACAACAGCUGCUCCAGGCUUCCUGCCCUCUUUCCUGGACAGGAUUCCUUUGCCAAGAUGGGCCAUCUAUGCUAUAUUUGCUGCCGUCAUCCUGCUUAUUCUUAUCUUUGUGAUAUGCUGCUGUGUAAAAUGCUGCUGCAAAGGGAAAAAGAAGAGGAAGAAGAAGCUGGACCAGAAGAUCAGUAUGAAAGGGAUCUCAGGAACUACAACCGCAGCACUGGUCCAGCCUGAGACAGAGGAUGCAGAGUAUGGAUCAGCUGACCAGCAGAGAGGAAAACUGCAGUACUCACUGGAGUUCAACACAUCCAUAUCAGAGCUGACUGUAGGGAUAAAAGAAGCUGCUGCUUUGAAAGCGAUGGACUCAGGAGGGACAUCUGACCCUUAUGUGAAAGUCUACAUCCUUCCCAACAAGUCCAAAACAUAUGAGACGAAAGUCUUCAGGAAAACCCUAAACCCAGUGUUCAAUGAAAAUUUCAAAUAUCAGAUCCCUCAGAAGGAGUUGACUGAGUCGAUACUGGUGAUGCAAGUCUAUGACUUUAACAGAUUCUCCAAACACGACAUGAUCGGUGAGAUCAGACUGAAUCUGUCCACUGUGGACUGGAAUCAUGUGAUUGAGGAGUGGAGAGAUCUGAGCGAAGCUUCCAAACAUGAGCAAGAGCAUCUGGGAGAGAUCUGCUUUUCUCUUCGUUAUGUCCCCGCUAGUAGUAAACUCACUGUGAUCAUACUGGAAGCCAAGAACCUGAAGAGGAUGGACCAGGGUGGCUCUUCAGACCCUUAUGUGAAAGUUCAAUUGAUUCUGGAUAAGAAAAAGUGGAAGAAGAAGAAAACAUCAGUGAAGAAGCAGACACUGAAUCCAUACUUCAACGAAUCUUUCACUUUUGAACUGUCAUUUGAACAGAUUCAGAAAGUCCAGCUGGUCAUCUCUGUGUGGGAUCAUGACAAAAUGAGCAGAAAUGAUGCGAUCGGCAAGAUCUAUCUGGGCUGUGAUGCUACAGGAAACCAGCUGCGUCACUGGGCGGAUAUGCUGUCCAACCCACGCAAGCCUGUGGCUCAGUGGCACACGUUACUCUCCUCUGAACAGGUGGACACAACACUGGCCUUGAAACACACGCUAAAGAUCCCAUUCACAAACAAAACCUUCUGAAAAACCUCCAUUCCCAUUUCUUUGUAACAAUGUUCACAAGAAUUUCAAUAAGUUAUACUGGAGUGUAAUGCCCAGACUAGAGACCAAUAAGAAUAUAUCUGAUUUCUUGCCAUUCUUUUUCGUUUAUUUAUAACAAUACAUAAGCAUUUCAUUACUCUCUCCUAUGUUGUCUUCUUCAUCAUUUGUAGCUAUUAGCUAGUCCAAUAUUUUAGUCAAACAUUCAUAUGAAAGUAAAUCUAUUUAUAAGAAUGAUUUUCUUAAGAAAAG